GUAUAUUUUAGCAAUAUGAUUAGGCUAUACAUGAUAUUUGAGAAGAUACAAGCACUGAUUUCUGUGAUGUUGAUACAUUUUUUGUGUCAAUUACUCCUAAGUAUUUUCUUUUCAGAGAGAGAAGAAGAAAAACUUAAAAACAACAAUAGAGACCUUUUUUUGGUGAAGAUGAAAUCUAUGUUUGCCAUUGGAUUUGCUUUCACUGCUUUAUUGAGCACUUUCAACUCUAUAUUUGAUGGCAGAGUUGUGGCAAAGUUACCAUUUGUUCCAAUUUCCUGGAUACAAGGUCUGUCUCAUAGAAAUCUGCCAGGAGAAGACUACACAGACUGUUCUUUUAUCUUCUUAUACAUAUUGUGUACUAUGUCUAUUAGACAGAACAUUCAGAAGCUGCUGGGUUUUGCCCCAUCAAGAACAGCAAGUAAACAAAGUGGAACUUUGUUCUCUCCUGGUGCUCAGCAAAUAAAAUAAAUAGAUUAAAACCUUCAAAAGUGCAUCUAAGUAGAGAAAACUGAUUUUUAGAAUAUGUUUUGGAACUGGAUAUCUUUGUCACUCAAAAUAACCUUAAUGGUUAUGUAUGGCAAAAAUAGUAUUAUCGAAAUGUUCACUUUUGAAGUGAUUAGAUUGUUUUUUUACACUGAAAAUGAAACCAAGAUGCAUUAGAGGUAGAAGAAUCUUUAACCUUUAAACACAAAAGUAUUACAAUGCUUAAGGUAUUUAGUUAUUUUCCCCAUUUAUUGUUAUGACUAUCAAACUUUUAAUAAUGAUUCCCACACUGCUAAUAUAGUGAAGAAGCUAUUUUGAAAAAUAAAAUCAUAGUGGGAUACCAGUCACAUUCUAAAUGACUAUUAAAAUUUAGUCUUUAUUUAAAAACAAAAGAAAAACACUAGGGUAUUUAGAUGCUGAAGUUUUCAAAAACCUCAAAUAUAUUUAAUUCUAAAAUUAAUACAUACGAGUUACUUUCAAAAAAGAAAGACCAGAACCAGUAGUUUCUAAAAUAGGGGACAUCAUUGACUUUUGUGAAAUAAAAAGUAUAUAAUAGAAUUAUGUUAAGAUACAGAAUAUUAUAUUUGAUGUAAGAGGGUGUGAUAUUUAGUUUUCAAUUUCGGUUGUGACAGAAGAUUUAAUAAAACUUCGUGGUAACAAUA